AUGGCAUCUCAUGCGCCUCAUGUCCAGGUGCCUGCAGUGCUCAAGCGACGCAAAUGCUUUAUCCACAUUGAUCUUGAGCAAAUCCGAUUAGGAUUGACUGCAGAUGUUCCAUUGGUGUCGCAACAAUGGAAUGCCAUUAUUGCUGUCAACUAUGCUGCUCGGAAAUUUGGGAUUACCCGCUUAAAGCACAAUGUUUUUGAUGCAAAGCAGCUAUGUCCAGACCUCGUAUGUGCACAUGUGGCAACAUUAGGGCCUGGCGAUUCUCAGCCAGAUUACUACCCUUCUCCUUCACGUUAUACACACAAAGUCUCUUUGGAUCCAUAUCGAAAGGCCUCUGCAAAGAUAUUUUCGGUUUUUCGAAGAUUUAAUGUCAGGUUCCAAAAAGGAGGACUCGACGAAGUUUUUAUGGAUGUAACUGAUCUUGUCAACCAAAGAAUCAUGGAUGAGUAUAGGAGCGACCUUUCGAAGUGGGAUCGCGACUCUGCAAAGAUGAUUGACUGGAGGGACCAUCCUGAAGCGGGUGUUAUUUUUGGAAUGGACCGAGAAGGCGAUAAUGAUCAAGAGUUCGAUGCAAUUACGACGUUUCUAUACGAUAACGAUGAGGAUGAAGAUCAAAAAACGGAGCUGGAUGAUGUUCAGGCUGAGGAGAGUGAUGAAGGUUUGGAUAGUGAGGACGAGAAUGCCCAGCUGUUCAAGCUCGAAGACAAAAAUGAGUAUAACACAGAAAGUAAACAACUACAACACGCGAAUGUAGAUGAUGAUUUUGAUCUCGAUUUUGAAGAGGUAUUGGACUCAGAUAUCGAUAUCUCCUUUUCGCAGCAUUCACAGCAAGUAGUGGAUCUUGAGAACAAAUCUCAUGAAUUGUUUCUUCGAGCUGAGAAUAUUAGUGAUGGACAACAAAAAUUUAACAUCAGUGAUAAGAACGAGCAAUUGUCUGCCAAUGAAGGUAUUGCCGAUGAAGUCAAUUCAGAAGAACAAGUCAUAGCAGAAAAAAGAGCGGAAGAGGAAAAGCUUCGCUUGGAAUUUGAACAGUUGCGGUUGUAUUAUGGUAUUCCGGAAGGAACAUUUGAGGAGGAAUUCUGGGCUGAGAUGCAGUUACUUAAAGCAGCAGAAUUUUGUAGGGAGGUCAGGAUGACAGUUAAAGAAGAGCUUGGGUAUACAUGUUCUGCUGGUAUUGGUAACAAUCGACUUUUAGCAAAAGUUGGAUCGGGUAUGAACAAACCAUUUAAUCAGACUGUUGUUCUUCCCAAGUACAUCCCAAAAUUACUCCAUCGACUUAAGCUCAACAAGAUUCGUAAUCUGGGAGGAAAGUUUGGAAAGCUAGUCAGGGAGGACUACAAUAUCGAGAGAGCAUCGCAGCUUUGGCCAGUGCCUCUUCGACAGUUACAGCAGCGAUAUGGAGAACAAGCCGGACUAGAAUUAUGGCAGUGGUGUCGCGGGAUUGAUCACGGUGGGAUUCGAAAGACCAAGUCAAAAUCAAUGUGUUCUCACAAGUCGUUUAUUCCUGCUCUCAGCGACUUGGAGGAGAUCCAGUUUUGGAUCACCUCAAUGAGCAUGGAGUUGGUCUCUCGUAUGCAGGCAGAGUAUGAUGAAACAGAGCGUUGGCCACGGACAGUUUCCUUGGGCUUUUAUGGAGGUACUCGCACCCGUCAGACCCAGAUGGACAGUGAGUACAAAUCGACUUCUCGAGCUCUACACAAAGGCACAAGAUCCAUGCCGUUGGGUGGCCGUUUUGAUUAUGGAGGCGUUGAAGGGAUCGCGCGAAAAAUGUAUACAACACUUGAAAGGUUAAUUAAAGAGGCGGAGACAGGGAAAGGACGACAUAUUCUGCCUUUGGUACUUUUGACGAUAACUGUUUCCAAUUUCACUGAUGGAGGCGAGAGUGCGAUGGGAGAUAUUACAAAGUUCUUUUCUAAAGCACCCUCUCAAAUCCAGCGAAUACCGCAGCAAAUGUCUUCAUCAUCUUAUGUCAAGAACGAGGAUAUGGAAGCUACUUGCGAAUUGGUUGAAGAGGAAAAUGAGUCUAUAUCAACCGAACGUGAUUAUGGACACUCCCCUACAAAGCCGCCUGAACCAACAGAAGCUAGGCGACGAUUUUUCCAGCUGAAAACUGCUAUUACUACACCAUCUGACGAUGUCAUCAGAACAAGAAGUUCCUCCCCAGAACAGUCUAUAUCGUGCCCACCGUCUCCUACGCCCGAGAGACCAUCUUCAUUAUCUGCUUAUCAAGGUCAAGGCAAAACAGAGACGAUAGCAAUCAUCCCAGCAGCAACAUCCAUGUGUUACCAGUGUCCAAGCCCUGGACAAUUGAUUCCAAUUGAAGAAUGGGAACAGCAUAAUGAUUAUCACUUUGCAUUAAGCCUUUUGGAGGAUGACAAGAAACAGCAUCAAGUGGAACGGCAACAACAACAGGCCAGCAGGAUUCAUGAUGAUCAUCAAGAGAGCAAUAAGAGCGGUAAACGCAAUGUGGGUGCUUCACCAUCCGCCUCUUCUGCGCGAGGCAAGCGCAAGAGAACAGCUGUCCCCUCCGUUACAACCCUUACAAAAUUCUUCAAGCCCUUAUCAAGCUAAUGGAAAACUUGCAAGAUAUCACUGUAUUAUAUAAUUUUUACUUUCUUUAAUGCUUAUUCCCAUUGAUUUAUUUUACAGGAUGACACACUCGCCCUUUUUUUCUUCAGGCACCUGAUCGGUUGACUUUUCAAUCUCGGCAAUCAUUAAUUCAAAUGCACGUCCUAGAGCAGAUUUUGAACAAGUGGUAGUUUAAUAUGACUGAAUACAUUUGGUUUCUCAAUGACAACGAUAAUAAAAAGAAGGCU